AUCAUUUGGAACAUGUCUAAAAAAGUCCGGUAAUGUAGUAUAUUUUUUAUACAUUUAAAGCUCUUGAUUUAAGAGCGGGUUUUGGCAGUUUCGUAACGAAUAUAGAAACCAAAAGUUUUAUGUAACUUUGAUUUAUUAAUCAAAAGGUAUUCGUCAAACUGAAGAGAGAAAUCAAACGUGGGCUUCAAAAUGAGAUUUGCAACUAUUUUCGGGUUGUUCGUCGUUGGUGGUUUCUUAUUGGUGACUGGUUGUGUAAUAAUGGCAAACGUGAUGACUGGAACUGGUGAGCGGAUGGGACUCGGCUGGCUUCUGUACACAUCAAGUCCCUUUUUGUGGGCCGGCCUGGGCAUUUUCCUCUCUUGCUCCUUGUCCGUCGUGGGCGCUGCCCUCGGCAUUUACAUGAUUGGCACGAGCGUUUCCGGUGGAGGAGUCCGAUCGCCGCGAAUCAAGACAAAGAAUCUCAUAUCGGUUAUUUUCUGUGAGGCAGUGGCCAUAUACGGCCUGAUCACGGCCAUCCUGCUGUCCGGAUGCGUUCAGGAGUUUUCGACGAUACGAAUGUUUACGGUGAGAAGUGUAUUAGAGAAUAAUAUGUUCUCAGGAUUUGCUGUUUUCGGCGCUGGCCUGUGCGUCGGAUUGGUUAACAUAGCCUGUGGCGUUUGCGUCGGUAUCGUCGGGUCUGGAGCUGCUCUUGCCGAUGCUGCGAAUUCGGCGCUGUUUGUCAAGAUUCUCAUUGUGGAGAUUUUCGGCUCGGCCAUUGGUCUGUUUGGAUUGAUCGUGGGAAUCUACAUGGUAUCCAAGGCCGAGAUGAUUAAAUAAGCAAAUAAAGCCAAGAGUUUACAACUGAAAAGCUA